AGGCAGCGAAACACCGAUGGAGAGCAACUGUCCACACACAUGCCCGUCCUGCCAUGGCUCGCGGCGGCGGCGACGACGCCCGUGCGCCGGUCGCCGCCGCUCCCCGCUACUCCGCGUGCCCUGCUCCGACUGCCGGCCUCUUCCUUCCCUCCCUGGAGCAACUGCGCGAAGAGCGGGCUCCCGCCGCGGGGGCCAUUCGCCACCGCCGCUGACACCCCCCUCGGGGGUUCGCUCCCUGAGCCCGAGGAGGAGCGCGACACGCUCCUCGACGGCGCGCUCCGGGCCGCACGAUUCCGCGACGAGGAGUCCCGCCGCCCAGAUCCUCUUUUUAUUGACCCAUAUGCAGCUGUUCUACUUUCACUUGAUGUGGCAAGUGAAGAUAAAGAUCUUCUAGCUUUACAUUUAAUGCCAAGUGCAGAACAUUAUAGGCUAGUGACCAGAUAUAUUGAUGACAAAUUGCAACAUUUCAUAAGCAAUUCAGAUGAUCUUAGACAGAUUGUUCUGUUGACAGAUGGAAUGGACACUCGUCCUUACAGGCUAAGCUGGCCAAGGUUGUCUGUUGUGUAUGAUGUAUCACCUAGAAGAGUCUUCAUUACUGCAUCACAGCAACUCAGAGGAGCCGGAGCAAAAAUAUCACGGAACUGUGUUGUACUUCAUACUUCUUCAGAGUCUCCUGACUUGCAAGCGGGCUUGAAUAAAAAUGGCUUCAAUGGGAAUAGGCCGAGCUUGUGGGUACUGCAGGGUUUACCUUUGUUCACUUUUAAAAGCUUGGAGGACCUUUUGCUUGUCAUUGGCAAUUUAGCAAUGAAAGGGAGUAUCUUUAUAGGGGAGGUGCCACGUUUUACGCAGUGGGGAGCAGCAACAGACAUGGCCUCAGAGCAAGACAGGCUGGAAAACCUUUUCUUUACUCAGGGUUUUCGUGUCAGCUUUGUUCACUAUGAAGAAGUGGCAAAGGAUGUUGGCUUAGGUCUAGACUCUCCACCGGAAAUACAUGGUAGAGCUAUUUUUAUUGCAGAACAGCUGCGUUUCUCAGAUGCUCAGAUGGAGAGCUUCCGGAUGCAUUUUGAAAGAAUAGAGGAUGAUGCCGAUGAAGACGGAUUCGAGGAACUUUAGUCCAAUCUAUGAUGCUUGAUGGCUCUUGAAAAAUGAUGCUCGAUGUACUUGAAACUUGAGAAUGUUUUUGACUUGUGUGGGAUUGGGAAUAUACCCUGGAAAGAGAGAGCCUGUAAAUGUAUGCAUUAGAUUGUAUUCUUCAAAACAGAUGUAUGCAUUAGAUUCUUGCGAGCAGAAAGUUUCCGUAUGGAAACAUGUAAUAAUCGGCAUGUUUUUCUGUCACCAUUUAUAUGGCUAUAUGUUUACUGGGAUGUCUCAGAUAUCUGUGAUUGCCACAUAUUUAUGAAUCAAAUUUCUUACAAAGAAUA